AUGGGAAAAGACUACUAUCAGAUCCUCGGCGUUCAGAAGAGUGCGUCGGACGAUGAGAUCAAGAAAGCGUACCGGAAGCUCGCGCUGAAACACCACCCGGAUCGUAACGCGAACGAUGUCGAAGGCGCAAAGAAGCGGUUUCAGGAGGUUAGUGAGGCUUUUGAGGUGCUGUCUGAUUCGGAGAAAAGACAAAUCUAUGAUCAAUUGGGCGAGGAAGGAUUGAAGGGGGGGAUUGGUGGUGGUGGUGCUGGGCCUAGCGGCGCUGGCGGGUUCCCUGGUGGAGCGGGAGGAUUCCCGGGUGGGUUUGGUGCGGGAGGGUUUCCGGGUGGAACGCAGUUCAAGUUUUCUACCUCGGGCUUUCCCCCGGGUGGUGGGGGACGGGGUGGGUUCUCGCCUAGUGACCCGAAUGAUAUCUUUGCCCAUUUCAUGAAUGCGUUUGGAGGUGGUGGAAUGGGCGGUGCAUCGUUUGGUGGAAUGGGCAUGGAUGAUGAUAUCCCCAUGGGCGGAACCGAGUUUUUCACCAAUGGUGGUGCACCACGAGGACGUCGACCAGGCAGCAUACCGGAAGAGAAGGAGGUCAUUACCAAGCCUUUUGCAGUUUCUCUGGAGGAUAUCUUCAAGGGCGCAACUAAGCGUCUGAAGAUCACGAGAAGAAAGGGUGGAGUACCAACUGAGAAAAUCCUCGAAAUCAAAGUCAAGCCAGGCUGGAAACCCGGCACCAAAAUCACCUUCCCAAACGAGGGCGACGACCUACCCAACGGCACCGCCCAAGACAUCCAAUUCGUUCUCGAAGAAAAGCCACACGCACGAUUUACUCGUUCCGCCGACGACCUCCGUCUUGAAGUCGAACUCCCUCUCGUCGAGGCACUAACCGGAUACUCUCGUGACGUCGAAACAAUCGAGGGAAAGAAGCUCCGGGUACAAGGUACACAACCCGUCCAGCCCGGACAAGAAGUCAGGUUCCCGGGCCAUGGCAUGCCGAUUAGCAAGAAGCCGGGGGAGAGGGGUGACCUGGUUGUUGUGUUUAAGGUGAAGAUGCCGAGUACGUUGACGCCGGAGAAGAGGGCGGCGUUGAAGGAUUUGUUGAAGAACUAAGGGAUGGGGGAUGGAGUCGAAUGAAUGAGUACGAAGAUCAGUAUGAGUAUUGGGAGGGCGUUUUAUGGGUUUUAGAGAUACCGAUUAUCAAUGCAUAUGAUUUACGCUGGCGU